AUGGCUUCCGCUCAGGUCUGUCCCGUCGUGGGAACCACCAACAGCACCCUGCCGCCUACACACCCCGAGGUAGACCUCUCGAAGCCGGGACAGACGUGUCCCGUCGUCGGUGCCAAGACAGACCACCAUCACAACCUGUCCAAGCACCCGUCCGUCCCCAGCGAUAGCACUGCUUCUUCCACCACCAAGUCGACCGGCUCCGCUGACGCCCAAGCCUGCCCUGCCCUCAAGAGCGUCGUCAACCAGGCCAAGAGCAAGGAGAUGGACGACAAGGUCUGCCCCGUCGUCGGGCCCGUAACUACUGUCCUGCCCCCCGACCACCCGAGCACCGAGGGCCAAGCCGACGGAGCCGAGUGUCCGGUCACCAAGGCGAAGGUCGGACAUCACAAGGACAAGGUGGUCACACAUCCCGCGGUCAAGGGUGCCACUGGUGCCUGUCCUGUCACUGGCGCCACGCAGGCAUAG